GUUUUGCAUCGAAACAUUUCCAAAAAUCCGAUGAUGAAACCUGCCUCUCCCACUCUCGCCGCCGCUCCUUCGUCUCUCCACCGCGUCCACUCGGACUCCGACCUCAACCGAGUUAUCGACCACGACCCCAUCCUUGUUGAAGCCAAACAAUGGGCGGACUAUCGGAAGCAACGAAUCCUCGAGUCCUACUGCUGCCACCCACAAUCGCCGCCGCCUGACUCAGACAAGCUUCGCUGCCGACACGUGACCGCCAAGCAGAAGCUUCUGCGCUCGAGCGUCGGAAUUGCCAAGGCGACACACGGGUGGAUGCUUCCGUACACGUGCAGUCUGUGUCAUUCGCUCGGCGCCACGUGUUUGAUCGCGGGAUGUGGCCAUUACUUCCACGGAUCGUGCAUUGUGCGAUGGUUGGGGAGUCAUCCCAACUGCCCCAAAUGUGAUCGGUUCAUCGACAUGUUUCUCCCUGCGCACCUGACCCUCCAUCGUCCCCGCUUCCGCAAAUCGUUUAGCUGCAUCUCCAAGGGUCCAAACUUCUUCGACACGGAUUUCGAUCGCCGGUUCGACAUGUCCGAGCUCGUCCUCGGCAAAGGCACGUACGCGACUGUGUAUUUGGGUCGCGAGAAGACCACCAACACCCCCGUGGCCAUCAAGCAUGUGCUGAAGACCGGGCUCAAGUCGGACAUUGAAAACGUCAAGGCGCUCGAAGAGAUUGCGGUGCUGCACGGGUUGCACCACGACAACAUUGUCAACCUCCACGCCGCGUUUAGCUCGCGGUCGCAUUACAUCCUCGUCUUGGACCGCGUCGAUGGCGGCACCCUCGACGACUGGAUGCAUGCGUACGUGGCGGACCAAGGCCUGACCACUCCCUUCGCCCCCCGGGGCCCCAAGCGCCCCCUGCCCGAAGCCAUCGUCCGCUGCGUCGUGCGGGACAUCGUCGCCGCCCUCGUGUACCUUCACACGAUCGCUAACGUCAUCCACGGGGACAUCAAGCCCGGGAAUAUCCUUCUGGAUCGGGCGGGGGCCCAUGUGUGCACACCCGUCGCCAAGCUGUGCGACUUUGGAAAUGCCGUGCGCAUGCAUCCUGGCCUCCCCCUCCCCACAGACGGCAUGUCCGGGAGUUUUGGCUUCAUGGCCCCGGAGCUCCUGUGCAAGGAACCGCUGUCCCCCGCCGCAGACAUGUGGUCCGUCGGUCUUGUGGCGUACCAAGCCUUAGUCGCGUACUCGCCAUUCUACCCGUACAACAACUGCACCGAAGAAGACGCAACCUAUUGCGCACGAGACUUCAAGCGCGUGUCCCCUACGUGCAUUGACUUUUUGAAAAAGGUGCUGGUGCGGGACCCCGUGACGCGUAUGACCGCCGUUGAAGCCGCCGCGCACCCAUUCCUUGAAAACUCGCCGUGUAUGUGUGCCUAGUGGAUUGUUUUUGUAUUACACCUUUUUGCAGUUAAGUUGGACGAAUGCCCGGUAUAUUUGGUCGUGUGCCCGAUAUAUUUGGCGGUGUGCCCGAUAUAAUUGGCCAUGCGCCCGUUAAAUUUGGCACC